AUGGAUCCAAGCUUCCAGCAAAAACUGGAGGGUGAGAAGGAACUACUCCGCCGUGCUAUACAGAAAGAACUGAAGAUUAAAGAGGGAGCAGAAAACCUGCGCAAAGCGACAACAGACAGAAAGAAUCUUGUUCAUAUAGAGCAUGUGCUAAAAUCUUCCAACCGAAAACUGGAGCAACUGCAUUGGGAACUUCAGGAGCUUAAUGCAAGGAUUGUGAUAACAGACAAAGAGGAGCGUAAGACAGAUGGAUCUGUAUCUCCAGAUCCUUGUCUCUGGGAAAGAAACCCGGACCCCAUGGCAAGGAAGGUUGAAGCUCUGAAAAAGCAGCUGCAUGUUGAAAUGAAAGUGAAACAAGGAGCUGAGAACAUGAUCCAAAUGUAUGCAACAUCCAAGGAGCGGAAGCUCCUGGCUACAGCUCAGCAGAUGCUCCAGGACAGCAAGACAAAGAUUGAAAUAAUCCGCAUGCACAUUGUGAAAGUAUCUCAGUCAGCCGGAGGGAUGGAAGAUGCAGUGGAUCCAGCAGUGAGGUUGGGGACUACCAUCAGUCCUUUGGAGCUGCGUAUUGAGGAGCUGAGGCAUCACCUGCGCAUUGAAGCCGCUGUAGCUGAGGGGGCAAAAAAUGUGCUGAAGAUCCUAGGAGGGAGUCGAGUACAGGACCGCAAGUUUUUGGCUGAGGCUCAGGGUCGUUUGCAAGAGUCCUCUCAGAAGAUUGACCUGCUGCGCUUGUCCUUGGAACAUCAGCUUAAUGAGCUUUCUCCUGAUCACCCAAAAAGAGCACUCAUCAAGCAGGAACUAGUAAAUACUUCCUCCCUGGGAGCUCAGCAUGGCAGCAUCCAACCCACUUCAGUCAUCAAACCUACAGCCCUUACAGGAACAUUGGAAGUGAGACUGAUGGGAUGUCAGGAUCUGUUAGAAAAUGUUCCAGGACGUUCCCGAAUGACUAGUUCUUCUCCCGUCUGUGGCAGCCCAAGUGAUUUGAGGUCCAUUUCCCGAACACGAGUUGGCCUGGGUAUCCAUGGCCGUAGUGUUGCAGGAAAGUACCUGCGGAAUGAAGAGCCAUGUAAUGAGGUCCUUGCUGUGCUAAAAGUGGACAAUAAAGUGGUUGGCCAAACAAACUGGGGACCAGUUAAUAACCAGGCAUGGGACCAGAGCUUUGUCACUGAGCUGGACCGGUCUCGUGAGCUAGAAAUUGCAAUUUAUUGGAGAGACUGGAGAGAACUCUGUGCAGUGAAGUUUUUACGUUUGGAUGAUUUCCUUGAUAACGAACGUCAUGGGAUGUGCCUCUCACUUGAACCCCAAGGAAUGCUUUUUGCAGAGGUGAUGUUCUGUAAUCCUGUCAUUGAGAGAAAGCCAAAACUGCAGCGACAGAAACGCAUUUUCCCCAAACAGAAAGGGAAGGAAUUUCUCCGAGCUCCUCAAAUGAACAUAAAUGUUGCUGCUUGGGGUCGCCUGAUGAUGAGUUUCCUCCCUCCGUGUAGUUCCAUGAGCACUCUGAGUCCCCCACUUCAUGAUCCCAUUCACACAGACUUCUCUCCAGCUCCCUCACAAAGUGAUGCAAGUGACUUUCCUGUGGCUAAGCUUACAUUUGCUGAUGAAGCACCACCCAAGCCUCCACGCCUUUUUAUGAUGGCCAACUCCAAAGAAUCAACACAGUCUCCUGCAGAUUCUCCGUGUCUGAAGAGGCUGCAUGUUGAGAAGUCUUGUGGCUCUGCUCUAACAGAAUUUCCAAUCCCGGCAUCUCCAAGGAAAAAGACAGUUCAGCUUGAGGAUUUUCACUGCAUUGCCAUGCUGGGCCGUGGCCACUUUGGGAAGGUACUGCUGGCCCAAUACAAGGCAACUGGGAAGCUGUAUGCUAUCAAAGCCUUGAAGAAAAAGGAUAUUAUUAGGAGAGAUGAAAUUGAUAGCUUGAACUGUGAGAAGCGAAUAUUUGAAGUGGUCAAUUCUUCUGAUCAUCCAUUCCUUGUGAACAUGUUUGCAUGUUUCCAAACACCUCAUCAUGCUUGUUUUGUGAUGGAAUAUACUCCAGGUGGUGAUCUUAUGAUGCGCAUACAUGAAGAUGUCUUUUCGGAGCAUAUGGCACAGUUUUAUACAGCCUGCGUAGUCUUGGGGCUCCAGUUCUUGCAUGAGAAGAAAAUUGUUUAUAGGGACCUGAAAUUGGAUAAUUUGCUUUUAGAUGCUGAAGGAUUUGUGAAGAUCGCAGAUUUUGGUUUGUGUAAGGAAGGAAUAGGUUUUGGAGAUCGCACAAACACCUUCUGUGGCACCCCUGAAUUUCUGGCUCCAGAAGUCCUGACGGACAUCUCAUACACUCGGGCAGUGGACUGGUGGGGAUUGGGUGUACUCAUUUAUGAGAUGCUUGUUGGUGAGUCACCAUUCCCUGGAGAUGAUGAGGAAGAAGUCUUUGACAGUAUUGUCAACGAUGAAGUCCGGUAUCCACGAUUCCUUUCAUCUGAGGCACUUUCUAUAAUCCGUAAGCUUCUUCGGAAGUGUCCAGAGCGUAGACUGGGAGCAGGGGAAAGAGAUGCAGAAGAGAUUAAAAUCCAGGCCUUUUUCAAGGAUAUUGAUUGGGACGCCUUGUUUGCCAGGACUCUGAAGCCCCCUUUCGUGCCCACUUUAAGAGAUCCGACCGACAUUAGCAACUUUGAUGAAGAGUUUACAUCACAAAAGCCAAUCCUUACUCCUCCAGAGGAGGUUGCUCUCCUAACUCGUAAGGAGCAGACUGCCUUCAAGGACUUUGACUUUGUCUCCAGACACCUUUUAGAUGUUUGAUUCCUCUGCUAUAAGAAACAUGAACAAAUUGUUACCACCUAGAGAGAGCGUAGAGAGGACUUGGCACGGGCAAUGGAAAAGUCAACAGAAUCUGUAGAACUGGUAGUGCCGAUGACCCCCGGAAGAGAGUGCCCUGCAAGCUGAGUUAACCUACUGUGGUUUUUUCAGCCUUGUUUCUCAGAGGGAUACUGGAUGUCAAUUAUCUUUAAGGAGUAAUUAGUGUUUGACUGGAUGUAUCUUCUGCUGCCAUUGAAUAUAGACAGAAAUUUGGAAUUUAAGCUGGACUAAUUUAAUGAAAUAAAAUAAUCUCUG